CUCAGUAAAGCAGAGGCAGCGGGGGAAGAUGGCGGCGGCCGUUCCACAGCGGGCGUGGACCGUGGAGCAGCUGCGCAGCGAGCAGCUGCCCAAGAAAGACAUUAUCAAGUUUCUGCAGGACCACGGUUCAGAUUCGUUUCUUGCAGAACAUAAAUUAUUAGGAAACAUUAAAAAUGUAGCCAAGACAGCGAACAAGGACCACUUGGUUACAGCCUACAACCAUCUUUUUGAAAGUAAGCGUUUCAAGGGUACCGAAAGUAUAAGUAAAGUGUCCGAGCAAGUGAAAAAUGUGAAACUUAAUGAAGAAAAACCCAAAGAAACGAAGUCUGAAGAAACUGUGGAUGAGGGUCCACCAAAAUAUACAAAGUCUGUUCUAAAAAAGGGAGAUAAAACAAACUUUCCCAAAAAGGGAGAUGUUGUUCAUUGCUGGUACACAGGAACACUACAGGAUGGGACUGUGUUUGAUACUAAUGUUCAAACAAGUUCAAAGAAGAAGAAAAAUGCCAAGCCUUUAAGUUUUAAGGUUGGAGUGGGCAAAGUUAUCAGAGGAUGGGAUGAAGCACUCUUGACUAUGAGUAAAGGAGAAAAGGCUCGACUGGAGAUUGAACCAGAAUGGGCUUAUGGAAAGAAAGGUCAACCUGAUGCCAAAAUUCCACCAAAUGCAAAACUCAUUUUUGAAGUGGAAUUAGUGGAUAUUGAUUGAAAUAGCAGUGCUUCAGAUCUAAAGACAUCAGCAACAAUGAUAAAAUUUGGCCUUGAAGAAACUUAUAUAACCAAUUAGAGCUUGUUAACUAUUCUAAGGGAAGAGUCAACUGGAAAUUUCAAGUAAUUAAGUUUAAACUUGUUUACUUGAUCCCAACAUCUGAGAAAUGUAAUCCCUUAUAAAUCCUUGAAGUCUAAAAUACUUUACUACAGCUGUGUAAAAUACUGGUUAAGAACUGUUUUUCCUUUUACCUCAUAUUGUAAACUAAAAGGCUCAAUAAAAAUUUACCCACUGUCUUGAAAA